AUGGAACAAGUAACAGAAAUACCUACUAUACUUUCCGGCCGGGCAUUCCAGGAUAUGUCUUGGAAGGAUGGCCUGGUUGUUAGUAAUCAUCGGGACAGACCCUGUAUCUCAACCCCGCCGCAGCCCAAAGACGUCGAAUACGAUUUGGAGAAUGGCUGGAUAGUGAAAGCGGACGGCACGGAAAGACUCUUGUGGGUACCUCCUGAAUGUCGACCUCACGCCGGGUCGUCCUAUGCUAUCCGUGGUCAAACAUUUGUGUCUGGAAGUGACUCCGGUCAGGUCUUUUGGAUAUCAUUUUACUUGGGGGGUGUUUUAUCUAGGUAG